AUGCCGUGGGUCGAGAAGUACCGCCCCAAGACCCUGGACGAUCUCGUCGGGAACGACGACGCGGUCGAUCGCAUGCGAACCAUGGUGCGGAGCGGCUUCAUGCCAAACUUGAUCUUUUCCGGUCCCCCGGGGUGCGGGAAGACGUCCGCGAUCGGCGUGCUGGCGCGAGAGCUGCUGGGAGAUAAAUACAAGGAGGCGGUGCUGGAGAUGAACGCGAGCGACGAGCGAGGGAUCGAUGUGGUGAGGAAUAAGAUUAAAAUGUUUGCGCAGAAAAAGGUGACGCUCGCGCCGGGACGAACGAAACUGGUGAUAUUGGACGAGGCGGAUAGCAUGACGACGGCGGCGCAGCAAGCGAUGCGAAGAACGAUGGAGAUUUACAGCGCGACGACGCGGUUUGCGUUGGCGUGUAACACGAGUGAGAAGGUGAUCGAACCGAUUCAGUCGCGGUGCGCGAUCGUGCGGUUCGGGAAACUGACGGACGCACAGGUUUUGAAGAGGUUGAUGACCGUGGUGGAGGCGGAGAAGGUGACGUACGUGCCGAAAGGUUUAGAGGCGAUCGUGUUCACCGCGGAUGGGGACAUGAGACAGGCGUUGAAUAACUUGCAAUCGACGGCGCUCGGUUUCGGGAUGGUGAACGAGGAAAACGUGUUUCGAGUGUGCGAUCAACCGCAUCCGAACAUCGUGCGAGACGCGUUUUCGUUCAUUUUGCAAGGGAACGUCGAUGACGCGUACGCGCGCUUGAAGUCGCUGCACGACCAAGGGUAUUCGGUGUUCGACAUCAUCGGCACCAUGUACCGAGUGUGUAAAAAUUUUGACGAUACGGCGAUGCCAGAGUUCAUCAAGCUCGAGUUGAUUCGCAUCAUAGGAUUCACGCAUUUGCGCCUUUCCGAGGGAUGCGCGACGAUGAUUCAGAUCGGCGGCGGCGUCGCGCGCAUGGUCGAGCUCGUGAGCGACGCGAAGAAGAUGGGCGGAUACAGCGCCGAGCUCGGCCUAGACGCGCUUUAG